AUGCAUCCUCCACAAACCGCUAAGGAUGGCGUUUAUAACAAUGUCUUUCCUGAAGAUGGCACUGCAGCAUGGAUGGUGGUGCUUGGCUGCUGGUAUGGACUGUUCUGCACAUUCAGACUUGUCAAUUACAUUAGUGUGUUUAAGACCUACUAUAUCAGUAAUCAAGGCCCAUUACAUCAUUACAGCCAAGGAGCUAUCUUUUUAUCUCAAGGAAUCAUCGCAGCCUUCAGCUUAUCUACUGUGUUCAACUGCUUCUCAGGUUCUUCCCUCGGCGGUGUCAUCAUGUUAAUUAUAAUAAACAAACUCAUUUCUUGUUUCGGAUUCCCGUGGACAAUCCGCAUUGUUACCUUCAUAAUCCUCAGUCUUCUCGCUAUUGCUGCAUGUACAGUGCGGUGCAGGCUACCACUUCAACCAAAGCCCUUCAACAUCACAAACUUUCUUUCAGGUAUCCAUGAUCCAGUUUUCUCUUUAACUUACAUAACAUCAUUUCUGUUCUACUGGGGCUUAUUUAUACCCUUUAACUAUAUCAUCCUUCAAGCUGAGAAAGCCGGUAUACGCAGUGAAAUUGCGCAGUACCUGCUGCCAAUCAUCAACACUGCUGAAACCAAUAGCAUCCCUGGUCAGAUUAUUCCCGGCUUCCUGGCCAACAAGUUUGGCUGCUACAAUAUAGCCAUCAUCAUCACUGCCAUCAUCUCUAUCUUCUGCCUCACCCUCUGGAUCCCAGGCCAAAGCCAGGCAGCCGUAAUCUCAUUCAUGGUCAUGUACAGCCUGUUUUCAGGAAGCUUCAUCUCUCUAGCCCCAACUCUGGUUACCCAGAUAUCAGACAUUCAUGAAAUUAAUACCUACCAAGGUAUCUUCUUUGUGUUCCAAUCCUUUGGCACUUUAACAGGCUUGCUAAUUACAGAAAUAAUCACUGCCCGCCAAUACAGAUCAUUUUCGGGACUUCAGUUCUUUUGUGGGUUUUCAUUCUUAACGUUGAUGGCUGUCCACAUCCUUGCCCGUGGUAAACUGGUAGGUAUGAGUGCUGCGAAGGUUUAG